CUUCCUUUAGAGGUCAGCCACAGACAUCAACGAGCCGUCAGGCCUUCAGGCUACGUCAGGUUGACUCUGGAUUGACCUAGUACUGUUACCAGUACCAUAGGUACCGCGCUGCGCCGCUGCCUCGUUCCGUUCACGGUACAGACGACUGUUCAUUGUUCAUUAACGUUUGUGGGUUCUUUGUUUUUCCGAAUACCAUCCCCACCAACUCAAACUCCAUCAAAAUCAAAAUGGGACAUUCCGUCAGGCCCUCUCACGACCCUGCCGUUACUGCCGUCACGACUCGAGCGUCAACAACCCGUCUUGAGAAAGAAGGUUGGCCGGGUCAGCCUAUCAGCGCUUUAGCGAACAACGUGAUUUAGGUCAAGUGAUAUAUAUGCGUCACACUGUGCUAUUCUAGAACGGCCAGACUCUCAUCAAACUGCAGCGCAUAGUUCUCGACUUUUAGAUCAGCGCUGCUUAAGCACCUAUGUCUUACCGCCCUGAUGAAUCUAAUGCACUGAUAUAUGCGGAGGGCGCAUGGCUGCAGGGGGCCAUCGUCACUGGCGUCCUUUAUGGCGUGGUGAUCGUCUUGUCUAUCAUGUGUUGGCGCUCCCUCUGGCCCCGCGCUCAAUCGCAUGCUACUGGAUACAAGACGAACAGAUUCCUCUUAUGCUAUGUCGCUUUCCUCUUUGUGGUUGGUACGAUAUAUGUAGCGUUCAACGCCCAGAUAACGCAACUGGGCUUUAUUGACAAUCGUUUAUAUCCCGAUGGCCCCAGUGCAUUCGAGGAGGCGACCUCGUCACCUCCACUGAACACCGCUUUCGUGGUUUCAGAUUGGUGUGCAGACCUGUUGAUGAUCUGGCGGUGUACCGUAGUAUACAGAGAUACUGGAAUUUACUUCAUCAUUGUUGGACUUGGAUCUCUUCUGUUCCUCGGAACUCUCGUCACAGGAACCCUCUGGCUUGUUAUUGUCUCAACACCAGUACAAUCCGCAAGCGGCUGGAUGUCCUUUAGCUUACUCUUCCCAUAUCUCUGUUUCUCCCUCGCCAUCAAUAUCUUCAUCAGCCUCCUCACUGUCAUACGCCUUCUAUACCACCGCCACCGUAUAUCCAAAGUCCUAGGCUUAGGCCACGGCGCGAUUUACGCUAGUUUCGCAGCCAUCGUUAUCGAAUCCGCUGCCAUUUACUCGAUAUGUUCGCUUCUUUACCUCAUACCGUAUACCCUCAACAGCCCGAUCGCAUAUGCAUUCAUGCAAUUACUGGGCGAAGCGCAGGUCGUUGCCCCACUUCUUAUUAUCUACCGCAUCGCAGUGGGCAAGGCCUGGACGAAUCGCUCCACCACUCUCAUGGAGGAAAACUCCAUUCAGUUGCGGCGGCCGUUGGACUUACCAAAGCCCCCUCCCCCAGCCGCUCCACUGAACGUUGAGAUUUCCUUUCACCAAGAACCCGCCCGCGAUGAAUCAAUACGCUCUCCCAAGUUACCAUACCCGUCAUUAGAAUCUACGGAAGAUUAUGCGAAUGCGCCCGUUACCUUUGGCAGGGCGAUAUGAGACUUGCGGGGGUGACCUGGAUUUUAUGUACAAGCUACGUUAUGUGACAAUACUUUCGCUACAAUGCCUUUACGAGAUAUGUGUAGUUACCCUGGAUUUGACAGAGACAGUUGGCAUCUUACAUAAAUACACCUACUUUCAUCCACAAUAGAAGAGCUUUACAU